UGGGCCCUAUUUUUCCUCCCAGCUCCGGCUCUCCUUCAUCAUGCUCAGAGAUCACUGCAGUCUCCCCACAGACCGAGCUCUGCUCAGCCAGCCCCCCAAAACUGGACUCCGCUGCAAAAUGGUACUUCAGGCAGUCAGCAGAGUGCUCAGGAAGUCUAAAGCAAAGCCCAACGGCAAGAAGCCUGCCGCAGAGGAGAAGAAGGUGUACCUGGAGCCAGAGCACACCAAGUCUAGAAUCACCGACUUCGCCUUCAAGGAGCUUGUGGUGCUGCCCCGGGAGAUCGACCUCAAUGAGUGGCUGGCCAGCAACACAACGACAUUUUUCCACCACAUCAACCUGCAGUAUAGCACAAUCUCGGAGUUCUGCACAGGAGAGACGUGUCAGACAAUGGCCGUGUGUAACACGCAGUACUGCUGGCAUGACGAGCGGGGCAAGAAGGUGAAGUGCACGGCGCCGCAGUACGUGGACUUCGUCAUGAGCUCCGUGCAGAAGCUGGUGACUGACGAGGACGUCUUCCCCACGAAAUACGGCAGAGAAUUCCCCAGCUCCUUCGAGUCCCUGGUGAAGAAGAUCUGCAAGUACCUGUUCCACGUGCUGGGCCACAUCUAUUGGGCCCACUUCAAGGAGACCCUGGCGCUCGAGCUGCACGGACACUUGAACACACUGUACGUCCACUUCAUCCUCUUCGCCAGGGAGUUCAACCUGCUCGACCCCAAAGAGACCGCCGUGCUGGACGACCUCACCGAGGUGCUGUGCAGCAGCCCCAGUGGGGGCGGUGGGGGUGGGGACGGGGCCAGCAGUGGGGCCCCCGGGGCACAGAACCACGUGAAGGAGAGAUGAGCCCCAAGGGCUGGACAGGGGUGCACAUGUGCAAAGAGACAACCGUGGGUCUGCGUGUGCGCACACGUGCCCAGACACGCUGGUGGUGAGCUCUGAGGCCAGGCCGCCCGAGUGUGGGCUCCACAGACGCUGCUGCUGGGCCGCGCACUUCCUGCUCCCCUGUUGGAUGAUGAGUGCCGUGGGUAGCCGAGAGCCUUUGGAUUCAUUCACGCAUUCAACAAGCAUUUAUUGGACUGAGGGCUGAGUCUUCUGCAGGGUGUUCCUCCCUUGGGUCUUCCCGUGCGGCCCCGCCCUCCCCUCGCCCCUCCUUGGGGGACUCCACUGCUUGGAAAGAAACACCUUGUGGUAGGUGGAUCCCCCUCCACGGGGGCUUGGCUUGCAUACCUGAGUUUCUGCUCUGUUUGGGGGUGGGGCUCACUUUUACAGAGACCCCUCCCCAUCCCCCACCCCUGGCCUUGCUGGGAUCCUGGCUGUGGAUGGCUCUGAGUCAGCCAGCUAUGGGAGGCCUGGGGCGAUCUGCAAGGGCUCCUACCUGCUGCUUGCUCCCGUCAUCCCUUCCUGCUGCCUCCCUGAUGCAGGGAGGGCCUGCCAUGUGCAGGUACCAGGGCGGAGCCACAACAGGGCUCAGGCCCUGCUUGGAGACGCGGCGGUCAGCAGAAGGCAGAGAUCCGCUUCAGUUCAUCUGUGCAGUCCUAAUAAAAAGAAUCCUCUCAG